GGUGCUGAGAAACCAUAUGUGAUGAUAUCACGUGCGACCUCUCUACAAAGCCUGUUCAUCUUGCGUCCGUUUAAUUACAACAAAAUUUGCUCUCACCUGUCUCAAGACAUUCACCAAGAAACACUUCAAUUAGACAUACUGAACCUCAAGACA